AUCAGAGAAGCCUGGCAACAGAAACCUUUUUUUUCCCCCUGGGCUUACGAGAACUGAGCUGAAGUGGGAAACGUUAUUUGCUUUUACGAAACAAUUUACUUUUGUGCAACCUGAAGAUGUGUCAAUCAAGCAAAUAAAGGAAGAAAGCCUUAUUUAUAAAAUUGCCUGCUUCUGAUUUCACUUUGUUGCUUCUCAGGCUGCACGAGGGAAAAAAAAAUGAAGAUUUUGCUGCUGGGUCUUUUUCUACUUUUAUAUAGUAACUCAGCCUGGGCGACAGAGAAACAUUACUACAUUGGGAUUAUCGAAACAACUUGGAACUAUGCGCCUGACAAUGGGGAAAAGAGACUAAUUUCAGUUGACAAGGAUCAUUCAGAUAUCUAUCUUCAAAAUGGCCCAGAUAGAAUUGGAAGGUUGUAUAAGAAGGCCCUUUAUGUUCAGUACACAGACAGAACUUUUAGCACAAUUAUAGAAAAACCUGUCUGGCUGGGGUUUUUAGGCCCUGUUAUCAAAGCUGAAACUGGAGAUCAAGUUUAUGUUCACCUAAAAAACUUUGCCUCUAGGCCCUACACUUUCCAUCCACAUGGAGUAACUUACCAUAAGGAACAUGAGGGGGCCAUCUAUCCUGAUAACACCACAGAUUUUCACAAAGCAGAUGACAAAGUGCAUCCUGGUGAGCAGUACACAUAUGUAAUGAACGCCACCGAAGAGCAAAGUCCUGGUGAGGAAGAUAGCAAUUGUGUGACCAGGAUUUACCAUUCCCACAUUGAUGCUCCAAAAGAUAUCGCCUCAGGACUCAUCGGACCUUUAAUAUUCUGUAAAAAAGAUUCUCUGGAUCAAGAAAAAGAAAAAAAUAUUGACCAAGAAUUUGUGCUGAUGUUUUCUGUGGUGGAUGAAAAUCUCAGCUGGUACCUAUAUGACAACAUUAAAACCUACUGCUCUGAACCAGAGAAAGUUGAGGAAGAUAACGAAGAUUUCCAAGAGAGUAACAGGAUGUAUUCUGUGAAUGGAUAUACUUUUGGAAGUCUCCCAGGACUCUCCAUGUGUGCAGAAGACAAAGUAAAUUGGUAUCUUUUUGGCAUGGGUAAUGAAAUUGAUGUGCACUCAGCUUUCUUCCACGGCCAAGUAUUGACUAAUAAGGGCUACCGUAUUGAUACAGUCAAUCUCUUUCCUGCUACCCUCUUUGAAGCUUUUAUGGUGGCCCAGAGUCCUGGAGAAUGGAUGCUUAGCUGUCAGAAUCUAAACCACCUGAAAGCUGGUCUGCAGGCCUUUUUCCAGGUACGAGACUGUAACAAGCCUUCAUCAGAGGACAGUAUCCUUGGGAAACAUGUCAGGCAUUACUACAUCGCUGCUGAGGAAAUCAUCUGGAACUACGCACCCUCUGGAAUAGACACCUUCACCCAAGAAAAUUUAACAGCACCUGGAAGUGCUUCAGAGGUAUUUUUUGAACAAGGUCCUACAAGAAUUGGAGGAUCUUAUAAAAAGCUGGUUUAUCGUGAGUACACAGAUGCCUCCUUCACAAAUCAAAAGAAGAGGGGCCCUGAAGAGGAACAUCUUGGCAUCCUGGGUCCUGUCAUUUGGGCAGAGGUGGGAGACAGGAUCAGAGUCACUUUCCAUAACAAAGGAACAUAUCCCCUCAGUAUUGAGCCCAUUGGGGUGAGAGUCAGUAAGGACAACGAGGGCUCCUACUAUGCCUCACAUCACAACCCCUCAAGUGGAAGUGUGCCUCCUUCAGCCUCCCAUGUGGCACCUCAACAAACAUUUACCUAUGAAUGGACUGUGCCCAAAGAAGUGGGACCCACUUACAAAGACCCUGUCUGUCUAUCUAAGAUGUAUUACUCUGCUGUGGAUCCCACUAAAGAUAUAUUCACUGGGCUUAUUGGGCCAAUGAAAAUAUGCAGGAAAGGAAGUUUACAUGAAAAUGGGAGACAGAAAGAUGUAGACAAGGAGUUCUAUUUAUUUCCCACAGUGUUUGAUGAGAAUGAAAGUUUACUCCUAGAUGAUAAUAUUAGAAUGUUUACAACUGCACCUCACCUGGUAGAUAAGGAAGAUGAAGACUUUCAGGAAUCUAAUAAGAUGCACUCCAUGAAUGGAUUCAUGUAUGGGAAUCAGCCUGGUCUCAGUAUGUGCAAAAGAGAGUCAGUCGUGUGGUACUUAUUCAGCGCUGGAAAUGAGGCUGAUGUACACGGGAUUUACUUUACAGGAAACACAUAUCUGUCAAAAGGAGAAAGAAGAGACACAGGAAACCUCUUCCCUCAAACAAGUCUUACACUCUUCAUGCAGCCUGAUGCUCAAGGGACAUUUGACGUUGAGUGCUUAACAACCGAUCACUAUACGGGAGGCAUGAAGCAAAAAUACACUGUGAACACAUGCAGGCAACAGGCUGAGAACCCAAGGUCCUCCCAGGGACAGCGGACCUACUACAUCGCGGCAGUGGAGGUGGAGUGGGAUUAUUCCCCAAGCAGGGAGUGGGAAAAGGAGCUGCAUCACUUACAAGAACAAAAUGUUUCAAAUGCAUUUUUAGAUAAGGAAGAAUUUUACAUAGGCUCAAAGUACAAGAAAGUUGUGUAUCGGCAAUACACCGACAGCACGUUCAGCGUUCCAGUGGAAAGGAAGGCUAAAGAAGAACACCUGGGAAUUCUAGGUCCACAACUUCAUGCAAAUGUUGGAGACAAAGUUGUAAUUGUCUUUAAAAACAUGGCCACAAGGCCUUACUCAAUACAUGCCCAUGGAGUGAAAACAGAGGAUUCUAUAGUUACUCCAACUUUACCAGGUGAAACUCACACAUACAUAUGGAAAAUCCCAGAAAGAUCUGGAGCUGGAACAGAGGAUUCUGCUUGUAUUCCAUGGGCUUACUAUUCAACGGUGGAUCAAGUUAAGGAUCUUUAUAGUGGAUUAAUUGGCCCACUGAUUGUUUGUCGGACACAUUACAUGAAAAUAUUCAAUCCUAUAACGAAACUGGAAUUUUCUCUUCUGUUUUUUGUUUUUGAUGAAAAUGAAUCCUGGUAUAUAGAUGAAAACAUCAAAACAUACUCUGAGCACCCUGAGAAAGUAAACAAAGAUGAUGAGGAAUUCAUAGAAAGCAAUAAGAUGCACGCUAUUAAUGGAAGAAUGUUCGGGAACCUACAAGGCCUCACAAUGCGUGUGGGAGAUGAAGUCAAUUGGUAUCUGAUGGGAAUGGGCAAUGAAAUAGACUUGCACUCUGUACAUUUUCACGGCCACAGCUUCGGAUACAAGCACAGGGGCAUCUAUAGGUCUGAUGUCUUCGACAUUUUCCCUGGGACCUUCCAAACUCUAGAAAUGUUUCCAAAAACACCUGGAAUCUGGUUACUCCACUGCCAUGUGACUGACCACAUUCAUGCUGGAAUGGAAACUACUUACACGGUUCUACCAAAUGAAGGUAGUACCUGGUACACAAGAAAGCUACCCCCUCCCGCCCCUCCGCCCCGUCAAUAUAAUUUCAAAUAGUCAAUCAGGCAGAAAUGAUGUCUUUCUGCACUUCUAGGGUGAAGAGAAGCAUUAGUGAUUAUUGUUUGUCGAGAUUGUCUUAGUCCAUUCAGGCUGCUAUAACAAAAUACUGGACUAGGUAGCUUAUAAACAGUGUAUAUUUAUUUUCACGGUUCUGGACGCUGUUAAUCUGAGAUCAGGGUGACAGCAUGGUUGGAUGAGAGUCCUUUUCUGGGUUGCAGACUUCUUAUUAUAUCUUUACGUGGUGGAAGAGAUUAACUAGCUCUUUGGGACCUCUCUGAUAAGGGCACUAAUCUCAUUCACGAGGGCUCCACCCUCACAGCCUAAUCACUUCCCAAAGGCCCUACCAGGUAAUACUGUCACCAUGGGCAUUCGGUUUUCAACAUAGGAAUUUGGGGGGGACACAAACAUUUAGACCAUAGCAAAGAUCCAGGGGAAAAAAAUUGAAUCUAAAUUCCCUGUUUUUCCCACCCCAGCAAUAAUACUCCCUCCUGUGUGCAUACACAUAAGCACAGGAAGCACAAGAAAAUGAACAGCCCUUUAGUGGAUAUUCACAAAAUGUGUUCUAUAGAGUGAAAUUCCCACUGUGUGGCUGCAGGCUUUGUGUUUCUUGGGUCUUCUGGGUUCAGAACUAUUAGAAUUGGCAAUGGCAAAUCCAAUGGGGGGAAAUGAUGUAGAGAAAACACCUCCUUGUGUUUCCUCUUCCAAAUGGGCAUAGAAGGGGACAUAUAGAUGGAAGAAAAUAUAGAAAUAAAUUUCUUAAAAGCUAAAAGUCACUGAAAGAUCAACGAUUAGUGCAAACGACAAGUUUUAAUUUCUGCUCCUGGGUUUUACACAAACACGUCAUAACAUGAGAAACUAUUCUAUUAA